AUGGAUUACGAACCCUACGACAGUAGUGGAACCGAUGAUGAUCUUCCGCCAACCCAUCAAAAUAGAAUUCCCAGGGGAGGACGUCUUGCCGGGAACGGAAGAUCUGCCGUUGGUUCAAUUCCAUACCCCAGGGUGUAUAGUGAAAUUGAUAUGGAAACCCAAAUUCAUCAACUUGAGCAGGAAGCAUACAGUUCAGUUCUGAGAGCCUUUAAAGCUCAAGCUGAUGCCAUUACUUGGGAGAAAGAAAGUUUGAUUACAGAGCUGAGAAAAGAGCUGAGAUUAUCUAAUGAGGAACACAGAGAACUCUUAGGCCGGGUUAAUGCGGAUGACACAAUACGGAGGAUAAGGGAAUGGAGACAGACAGGUGGGCAUCAGUCUGGCGUAAUGAAUACUGGUCAAGCUUUACAUGACUCAAUUCCCAGUCCGUCAGUUUCUGCAUCUCGCAAAAAGCAGAAGAUUACACCACCUGUACCGCCACGCACUUUUGCUGGGCCUUCUCCCCCAUUUCACCCACAAACGGUGACCGCAUCUCAUCAGCCAUCGUCUUCUGCAGCAAAACGAGGAUCUGUUCCUGGAUCUAAGGGAAAGAAGCAAAAAUCUGGUCCAGUAUUACCUGGUGUAUCUUCGAAGCAGUUUCCUCCUUCAGGACCAGGUGGAAGGAAUCAAGUACAGAAUCAAGUACCUAAUAGAGCUGUCAUGGGUGAACACGCCGAGGGUGGAUCUUUUGGUCCUAUGAUCGGUAGGAGAGUGAGGACAAGAUGGCCUGACGACAAUAACUUCUAUGAAGCUGUUAUCUCUGACUACAAUCCAAUUGAUGGCCGGCAUAAUCUGGUGUAUGACAUGGGGAGUACAAAUGAAACAUGGGAAUGGGUUAAACUAUCAGAGAUAUCUCCCGAAGAUAUUCAGUGGGUACCUGAGGAUCCUGGAAUUAAUCAUCGUGGGGGUUUUGGGGGGUCUGGUCAUGGGAUGAAUAGGUCUGUUGGACGUGAUAGUGUUCCAGGAGUUGGAAGAGGUAGAGGGGUUCCUAAAGGUCAAUCUAGAAAAGAUUUUUUGUCAUCACAAAAUGGCUCAGGAAAGAAGGCUCCUGAUGAUAUUCAGAUUCUUCACACAGACACACUAAUACAGGAGGUGGAGAGGGUAUUUAGUGCAAAUCAUCCUGAUCCUCUUGAAAUUGAGAAAGCAAAGAAAGUGUUGAGGGAGCAUGAGCAAUCUCUCGUUGAUGCGCUUGCAAGACUUGCCGAUCUUUCUGAUGGUGAAAGUGACGGGGCAGGUCAUCAUUUCCCACAGCGUCGAUCAAUGGAUCGAGAAUGA